AUUCCAAAGAUCAUUAAACACUAAGAUUCAUCCUUAAGCAGAUCUGAAGAGGGUUAAACUCGCUUUUCACGAUUAUUCCGCUGUGUUUUUUUUCCGUGGAAUAUCAGAAAGGGUUUGUUUGUUUUUGUGAGAUAGAAGAGGAAUAAUGACGCAUAGAGUAGAACAGGAUUACGAUUAUCUGUUCAAGAUCGUGUUGAUCGGUGAUUCUGGUGUCGGGAAAUCAAACAUCUUGUCUAGGUUCACCAGGAAUGAGUUUUGCUUGGAAUCCAAGUCCACCAUUGGUGUUGAAUUCGCUACAAAAACUCUUCAGGUUGAAGGAAAGACAGUAAAGGCCCAAAUAUGGGACACAGCAGGUCAAGAGCGUUACAGAGCCAUCACAAGCGCUUAUUACAGAGGCGCAGUAGGUGCAUUUCUUGUCUAUGACAUCACCAAACGUCAGACCUUUGACAAUGUCCUAAGGUGGCUACGCGAACUAAGAGACCAUGCGGAUUCAAACAUUGUCAUCAUGAUGGCUGGCAACAAAUCCGACCUAAACCACUUGAGGUCGGUCGCUGAGGAAGAUGGUAGGAGUCUAGCUGAGACGGAAGGUCUCUCUUUCUUGGAGACGUCUGCUCUUGAAGCCACGAAUGUGGACAAAGCAUUUCAAACCGUGUUGUCAGAGAUUUACAAGAUCAUUAGCAAGAAAGCUUUGGCUGCUCAAGAAGCAGCGGGUGCUAAUUCUGCGAUUCCAGGGCAAGGAACAACGAUUAACGUUGAUGACACAUCUGGAGUCGCCAAAAGAGGUUGCUGCUCUACUUAGUUAGUUACCUCUUGAUCUUGAAACCUUUUCAUCAGGGAAAGAAGCAAAGGUUUCUUCUCUCUCUUUUAAUUUCGUUUUUUUUUUCUUUUGGCUGAUGAAAUGUAACGAUGCAAGAGAAUGUAGAAUACUUCUAUUCAGUACUCUUGUCUUUACAAUCUCUGAUGGGUUUGUGUUCAGAUAAAUUAAGAAAAC